AUGGGCGGUGCAUCUGACGAGUUUCCGCUGCUGUCCGCCCUGGGCCUCUACGCUGCGGACAUUCGUGGAGAUGGCAAUUGUCUGUUCAACGCCCUUUCCGAUCAAAUCUACGGUCACCAAGAUGAGCAUGCCAAUAUUCGAGCCCGGGUCAUCACCCAUAUGCGUGAACAGGCCGACUAUUACAAACAAUUCAUCGACGUGCACCCCGGUGGUGGCAUCCGCCGCAAUCCGAAACGGAAAAAUGCUGGGGCCUAUUCGAUGCCAUCCACGAACACCGCACCACCCUCCUCGUCGGAAAUCGACCGCGUCUUCGAAAGCCAUCUGCAGAGUAUGGCUCGAGGCGGGACCUGGGGCGACAACAUGGAGAUCACAGCCUUCGCGGCCGCCUUCGCAUACGACGUCAAGAUCUAUCAGAGGGAUUUUGCAUUCAUCGUAUCACCAAACCCGUCGCACGAGACUCCAUCGGAACAGCCGCGGGAUCCAACGAGUGCUCGACCAACAGCACACAUCGCCUAUCAUGCUUGGGAACACUAUUCCUCCAUACGUAACCUCGACGGACCCCAUGCCGGUCCGCCCAACGUAUUAGUGCGGGUCUUGACACCUCAGGAAGAGCAGGCACAGAAGGAUCAACUAGCACGUACGCCACAGGUCCUACCUUGGCAGAUCGAUGUGGUGGAGAAAUCGUUGCCGUUCCUAGCGGACAAACCGACCAUCAAAAGAGCAUUGGAGGCUAGCCGGGGAGAUAUAAAUGCAGCCGUGUCCCGUCUGCUCGAUGCGGACGAAGAGAACGCGAAUAGCAGCAUUGGAUCGUCGUCCUAUCAAGAAAGUUCGAGCGUCGAGCGGGAUCAGGACAGUGAGGAUGAUGUGCACGCUGGACCCAAGAAGCGGCAAGACAGGAGGCGAAGCUCCCGAGGAGGGUUGCAAGGCAGGACCGCCAAACGAGCAGACGCUAAAGGUGCACAUGCUCUAUCGAAUAUUGCAAGUUUCACGGAGAUGGAGGCCAGCAGCCAGGAGAGUCUGGCAGGCGUUCCGCAAAGCAGUGCGGGCUGGGAUUCUGAAACAUCGUCAAGUCGUCAGGAUGCCCAAUCACGGACAAGUUGCGCCAGCACACAGCCGUCGUCAGUCGAAGAAAACUUCACAGAGGAAGCCCG